AUUAUUAUCGCUCGCGUUCGUAUCAGUGUUACACGUGCGGGCAGACGUCUUAAGACUCGUAACAUAUUGUGAUAAUCACGCACGCAGCCGCUGCAUCUCCGACGAUGCACCCGACCCCGGUUCUGCUGACGGCGUUUGCCGCCGUAGCGGUGCUGCUGCAGGCUCCAGCGGUCCACGCGGGCAUCAUAGGGCUCAUCCAGAACAACGUGUUGGGCUCGGCCCAAUUCCACAGACAACAGUCGUGGCCGUUCGACCCGGACGUGAGCGCCCGCCGGACACACGAGUUCGUCGCGCUGCACGGCGACAAGUCCGAGAGGCUGAUCGAACGCAUCGGCCUGGGGCUGGACGGCCGGCAGCACGAGCGCCGCGAACAGCAGGCGGUCAGGGACAUCUUGUACGACCGGCAGCAGCGAAACGACGAGCCAACUUCCGGUGCUGGCGGCGGUUACCACCACCACGGAUUGCAGCAACUGCAGUCCCAACCGGUGCAGGCGUAUCCGGCCGGUUACGCGCGAAGACGAUGACGCGGCGCCGUGUCAAGGUUUUGUCACCGAUGUCCGUCGAUCAGGCGUCCUCGUCCAUCGUUCGAUAGCGUAGUAGGUUUUAUGAUGUUGCUGCGUCGACGACCACCGACGCUGCAGCUGCAGUUUCCACUGGUUUCCAGCCUAUAUAUAAUAUUAUAAUGCACUGGAACCGUGUUGCGCGCGACAUGCAUUUAAUAAUUAUAUAAUGUUAUAGUUUUAAGUUUACCAAAUGCUCACCGGAAUGGCUGCAAAUGGCGAUGGUAAUAGUUUAUAAUUUAGUUAAAAAAACAAAUUGUUUUAGUCAUUAGUGUUAUAUUAUUAUAAAAAUAAAAUGUAUUAUUAUG